AUGUUCUACGGUAAGAACAAUAGGACGAAUAGUUCAAAUUAUCAAAUAUGGUUUUUCUCAAUGUAUUUUUUUACUCAUGCAAUUUAUGUUUUAUUAAUACUGAGUUUAAUUGGUUGGACUGCGCACAAUACACAUCAAUAUCGAAUUUUAGCUGAACGACAAUCAAAAUUAGAAAAUAUUAUUACGGAAUUAUUACCGUCAUCGUCUUCAAUACCAUCUUUUAUUCAUCAACCAACGUCAAUCGAACUGUGGCUUGGGGAAUUUUUUAGCUUUUUACGACAAUUGAUAUCGAAAGAUAAAAAUAAGAUUGAUAAUAGUAUUUCGAUUGUUAAGACGCCUAAGAUUGUCGUGCGCGAACGACGCUAUGCUCAAGAAUCAGCCAUGCCUAGUUGUCAAUGUCCGCCAGGUUCAAAAGGCGACAAAGGUGAACGAGGUCUCGAAGGAUAUCCAGGUGAAAUGGGACCAAAAGGAGAACGAGGUCCUCCAGGCUCAAUAAUUUGGAAUGGGAUAAAAGGUGAAAAGGGUGAACCAGGCCGUGCUCUAGAGUCAAUGUCAACAGGAAUAUCUGUUUCAUCUCAAGAGAAACUCAUUCAAGGUCCACCAGGUCCACCAGGACCGCCAGGACCAAAAGGUGAGAUCGGUCCAGCUGGCCAUGGUGGUUUCAAUAAAGUUGGGCUACCCGGACGUGAUGGCUUACCAGGUGAAAAGGGCAAUCAAGGUGACACAGGUCCUCGAGGUCUAUCUGGAGAAAAAGGAGACAAAGGCGAAGAAGGAACAGGAGGAAAACGAGGAUUCCCUGGUCGGCCUGGUGCACCAGGUCCUGCAGGAAUGGAUGCAUUUCCAUGUCCACGUGAAGUGUUACUUAACUUUGAUAAUGCGUGUAGUUCAUGUUGUAAAAAAAACCAAAAUGAAUAA